AUGGGCGGGGGAAAUAUAUCCACGAUAGUGCUAUGGCAAGGGGAAAAGAUAAUAAAGGUACUCGACUCGAAACCGGCAGCGGACAACGCGCUCGUUAAAGAUUCAAUUAAAUCUCACAAACAAUUCGUGAUCAUUUCAGAAAGAAGCAGAAAGUCGGCUCGCGAAUGCCGUGCUCGGAAGAAGUUGCGCUACCAAUAUCUAGAGGAACUCGUGGCAGACCGCGAACGCUCCGUUCUAUCACUGAGAAAAGAGCUCGAGAAAUACUAUCAAUGGAACAACGAGCUCGACCAGGGACGGAUUCCAGAAAGAAUCGAAGACCUGCUUCGAGAUAUGGGAGUGAAGCAGGAGGAGCCCCAGCCUUUCUGAAGAUAUAAUUUUGAAGGUAACUUACAAUUUAAGUUCCACUUAUCCGGGUAAUAUGUUUUAUUAUAUAACCAAAAAUUUUAUAUUUAUUACCUUCAUAGUGUCCAGAUUUUUUUGAAAA